GUCAUUUCGCCCACGCCGUGUUUGAGAUGAUAAAGAAAAUGUCUUCCCCGGCCCAGCGCGGCAGUCUGGGAUUCUGAAAUUCUCACCCCUGCUCACCACCAUGGCCGAAGAUCGCAGCUUAGCCGUGCGUGCGGUUGCCGCGGUCUUCCUGGCCCUGGCAACCAUCACGACUGUCCUGCGAUGCUAUGUGCGCUUUCGCAUCGUCAAGGCGUUUGGCUGGGACGAUGGAAUUAUGGUACUGGCCUACAUCUUCUAUGCCUUUUUCUCCGCCUGCAUGAUUGGUGGUAGUCUUUGGGGGACGGGCAAACACCUCGCUCAACUGGAUAACCACCAUCGAGUGACCGCUAUGAAGUAUUGGUUCUAUUGCGACAUCGGCUAUGCGAUUGGCUCCAUCUUGUGCAAAAUCUCCGUAUCGAUUUUCAUUCUACGCAUCACCAUUCACCGAGUUCACCGAAUCGUCAUCGGAGUCGUCGUCGGCCUUGUCGUCGCUGCUGGGUUUGCGUUCUUCGUAAUUCUCCUAACACAAUGCAAGCCAAUGGCCUUUUGGUAUCUUCGUCUUAGCACUGAGGAGGUCGGCAAGGGCACUUGCAUAUCCACACACGUCGCGAUGGAUGCGCUCUAUGCCUUCAGCGCAACGUCGGCUGUGUUCGACAUGACGAUCGCGGUUCUCCCUAUCCUUCUGGUUCGGAAGCUGAAGAUGCAAAGUGAUGUGAAAAUCGCGGUGGCUGGUCUGCUCAGCAUGGCCUGCGUGGCGUCCGUCGCCGUCAUUGUCCGCAUCCCGUACAUCCCGACGCUCCUCAAGACCGACUUCCUGUACGAAACCACCCCGGUCGCCAUCUGGUCGAACAUCGAGACCGGCCUGGGGAUCUUCGCCGGCAGCAUGGCCACCCUCCGCCCCCUGCUGCGCAAGUUCCGCCCCUCGACCUACCAGAACACCUGGCCCAGCUCCUCGCGCGGCAAGCGCAGCAAGUCGAUGCCGCUGCAGUCGAGCCAGCGGCAGGACUCGGACCGCAUCCCCUUGGAAGAUCGUUUGUACGGCACCACCUUUUUCACCGUCGAAGCGGGUAAUGAUCGGUAUUCUUCCACAGGGCUGGACCAGGUUCCGAUAUUGCCGAAGGAGACAUACAUGCCGCAGAUUAGCGUGAAGCGGGAGGUCCAUGUGACGACUGUUUAGGCCGGACGAGACGAAGUCUGAGGUCGGAGAGCCGCGAACACGCGCACAGCAAGGACCGCAAUCUAGUCCUGCUCGGUCGAGCCACAUAGGACAGUCCUCCGUUACUGAGAUUCAAGAUAGAAUUUAUUUUCCUCAGAAGGGUUGUGGGCAAACGCCAACCACGCAUCAUGCAACUGGUUGGGACCACGCCGUGUCAUUAGACACUGCAGCAGCAAAAGACCGCUCCACUGGGGAUCUUGGCGAGUCUCUCGAGACUUGGCAGGCGGAGCAUGAAACCCCGGGCAUGAGUUUGAAGACAGUACGAACGUUGUUGGUUGAGGACUAGCAAUUUCUACAGCCAUCUCCCCCAGCGCAUCAGCUACCACAUCCCACGGCCGGUGUAGCACGCCGAGGUCAACAACAUCACAAUGAAUUAUUCCCCGAUCGACCACACUGCCUCCGGUCGCAUCGAUGUCAUGAC